CCUCCUCCUCCUCCUUUCUCAGGCUUGUGAAAAAACCAGAGAAACUAAGCGGCGUUAAGUUGCACUUAUACCCGUGGGCGACGAGCAGGAGACCGGUUUUUACUUCGGAGCGACCGGGCCUCUCGGUUCUUGUCGUUUCACUUUCGUGGUUGUCAGAGAGGAAUCGGCGGGGAAAUGGCUGCAAGACGGAGAAGUACUCACACUGUCAAGGUGGAGGGGGGUAGUGAAAGUUGAGGCUCUUCCUGAAUCACAACUUCAACUCCAAGAUGCGUUGUGUCCCUCAUCAUAUUUAACAACCGUUUCCUCCAGUGACACUGUCCUGUGUCCUUCUUCUAACUUUUGUUACUGCACAGAGUCAGCAAGGUGUGGCUCCGGAUCCCCAAACAUGCACUUGUGAUGAUACACAUGCUGCCCUUCCCAUAUCCCAUUCCUAUUGUCUGUAAUAAGGACAAGUCUUUCUAUUCAGAUCCUGUCCCCCUUAUCCAACCUCCCUCCCUUUGAGUUUCUGGGCCAUGCUCCGCAAGAGAGGCUCUGUCAUUUUUUGUGGUACGUUCCUGUUUGUUACCUGGAAUGCCAUACUUGUGCUUCUGCUGUGGGGCAGACCCCCAAGCAGCCAGACGGAGGAGCCUGGCGGAGGCGGGGAGAAAGUGGUCGUAAGGCCUACCAAUGAUGCGGUGGGAGCCGUGCUCCGAAUGGCAGACGCGUUUGAAGCUGAGCUUGAAAGGCAGAAAAAAAUCCUUGUGGAUAUCCAGUAUCACCAGUCACUGUGGGAUCCAUCAAACAAAGACAGACCGAAGGCUGUCUUCCCCAGUCAGCCUGUCAUUCCUAUCCUGGUAAUCGCCUGUAACAGGGUCACUGUGAGGCGCUGCUUGGACAAACUCCUGGAGCACCGUCCUUCAGCAGAACUCUACCCAAUCAUCGUCAGUCAGGACUGUGGACAUGCCGAUACUGCCGAGGUGAUUAAAUCCUAUGGGAAUAAAGUGACCCAUCUGAAGCAGCCGGACCUGUCAGAUAUCCCCGUGCAACCAGGGCACAAGAAGUUUCAGGGUUACUACAAAAUCUCCAGGCAUUACCGCUGGGCCCUCAACCAAGUGUUCAAGACCCUCUCCCAUUCCUCUGUAGUGAUUGUAGAGGAUGAUCUGGAGGUGGCGCCAGACUUCUUUGAGUACUUCCGAGCCCUGCUGCCACUCCUGCAAUCUGACCCCAGCCUGUGGUGCGUAUCAGCCUGGAAUGACAAUGGCAGAGAUGGCUACGUGGACCCAGGCAAGGCUAACCUGCUUUACAGGACAGACUUCUUUCCUGGUCUGGGGUGGAUGAUCCGCAAGGAGUUGUGGGAGGAGCUGGAGCCUAAGUGGCCCGCUUCAUUCUGGGACGACUGGAUGCGUCAGCCCGACCAGCGCCGCAACCGUGCCUGCAUACGUCCAGAGAUCUCGAGAACCCUGACCUUUGGCCGGCAAGGCGUGAGUCUGGGUCAGUUUUAUGACAAGUACCUGCGUUACAUCAAACUGAAUACCGAAUUUGUGCCUUUCACCAAGAUAGACCUGAGUUACUUGAAGGAGGAGAUUUACAGAGAAAACUUUAAGAAGGAGGUUUACAGUGCUCCGGUGGUUACAUAUGAAGAUGUUAAACAGGGGCAGCUAAAAGGACAAGGGCCUUACCGCCUUCAAUACUCAACUAAAGACAGUUUCAAAGUGAUGGCCAAAAACCUGGGAAUCAUGGAUGACCUGAAGUCUGGAGUCCCGAGGGCAGGAUACAGAGGGGUUGUCAGUUUCAUAUCAAGGGGACGGAGAAUCUACCUGGCCCCUCCUCCUGGAUGGACCCAGUAUGAUACCACCUGGAGCUGAUAACCUAGAAGACGGACAAUUUAUAGUCGACUUUUUGUAGUCAUCAGUUAGGUAAAUCAUUCCAGACCAAAGACUGAUGUUCUUAAACGUUCUUUGAUUGAAUGAUAUGUACUCUGAUUUCAUGUCCAUGAUCAUUAGGAUGGAUUGUCCCUCUUUCUGGUGUUGGGGCUAUUGCCAGUGCCACUCAGGUUUUUUUUGUACUCCAAAACAUUUCUAACAGUGUAGGAUACUGCCUGAACAGUUUGUGAGGAAGAACUGCUGUUAUUCAUCAGAGAUCUAUUUUUUAUAUUAUGCAAAUUAUGCACACGUUGUUCAUUACUGCAUUCAAUGCAAUGAGCUAUUUUGCCGCUAUUGUUUAAAUUAUUUUCAUUUUCUGGUGAACUGUUUAUGUCCUCUAAGAAUAUGAAAACAUAAUCUGUGGUAUGGUUGCUUAUGGCAGUGUUGACUGGUCAUAACUGCAGUAUAAUCGGUCGUUUGAUUCUCGGUGUUUGUCUUCUAUGGAAAUCGGUUCUUCCUGCUCAAAUUAUAAUGUCAAAUGAUUUUGUGUAAUGAUUCUAUAAUGGCAGUACUGCUUGCAGGUUCGUUACCUUGCAAACAAAAUCUGUGUGUUUGUAUAUUUUUGGAAUAAAAAAAACGUUACACAGCUA